AUGAUCAAAAAUUUUAUACAAAAUUUUAAUAUACCAUCAACUACUAGUCUUACUAGUCUUACUAACUUUGCAACAACAACAACAAGCUCAAGCACCUCUAAUACGAUUGUUAAUUUCGAGAAUGAUGAUAAUGUCGAUAAUUCAGAUGAAAAUAGUAUUCUUUCGGAAAGUUUAACUACCAAAGAAAAAAAAGUUGUGUUAAAUGUUGGUGGAAUAAAGUAUGAAACUUAUAGGUCAACUUUAACCUUAUAUCCAACAACAUUACUUGGUUCCAUAUUUCUUUAUAGUGAUGAUGAAAAUCCUUUUUGGGAUCCUGAACUUGAAGAAUUUUUUAUCGAUAGAGAUGGUCAUUUAUUUCAUUAUAUUAUGCAAUUCUAUCGAACUGGUAAAGUUCCUACUAUUGAUCAAGCAAUAGGAUUAAUUCCAAUAUCAGCAGCUGAGUUAGAGGAUGAAUUGGAAUAUUUUAAAAUUCCUAUAUAUCCACCUUCACAAUUUUCAUCAACAACAUUAUCACCUAAUCAACUUUCUUUACGUCAUAAAAUGAUAGCUUCUGAAAUUGAUUCUUUUAUUCAAACUUUAACUUCAACUCUUUUAGCUAUCUCUUCUCAAUUUAAAAGAGAAUUCUUUUUUAAACGUGGUUUUCAAAUUUAUUUUGAAAUAAAUUUUCAUAAUAAUGAUCGAAUAACUGAUUUUAACAUUGUUCCAAAUGUACCUUCAACUUUAAAACAACAAUUACAAAAAGAAUUCGAUGGUUUUGAAGUGUUGGGUUAUGCUAUUUUAGAUAAAUUUGGUGAAGAUAUUGGAAGGUAUAUGAUAAGUAAUGUUCAAGGAUGUACUUGGGAAUGUAAUAAAACUAAGGAUGUUGGAUGGGGUGGUGUACAUGAAAUAUAUAAGGUUAAAAUUGUUGUUGAGAAUAGUUUUGAACAUGAAGAUGUGGUUGGUCAUUGUUGUUUGGCUAAUAUCGGUAAUGAGACUGGAAUUUGA